AUGGCCGACGCAACCAACAUCGAUUACCUCCACUCGCCAGGCUACCGAAACAAUCUCACGCCAUCACAGACCUUAGCGCUCUUCAAGCUCUGGCGUCGCUUCCUCCGACUAUGCGAGAUCACAUCACAUUCCACCGAUUCGAUUGGCGUCGAUGUCGAUGCACAGCCUCCUCCUAUCGCUUCUCGCAGCUCGACCGAUUCGAGAAAGCGCGGUCUUGGUCGGAAAGCGCGCACCACUGCCUCCGAGCCCUUCUCGAAUCAGUCUUCGGCAUCCGCAUCGGCAGAGAACCUCAACACAUCGGAUCGGCUCGAUCCGAAUCAAAUACCAAAGGAUGACAAGCUCAAGGAACACUUGCGCCACCUCGAGGAGAGCAAAGACAUGCAUGCCUUCCUGCUCAAACACGGGGGAGCAGCCUUGCGGCGCGAGUUCUGGGCUAUCGUCAAGGGCGAGCAUCCAGAUGCCUACAUGCUGCGAUGUCUACGUGCGCGCAAGUGGGAUGUCGACCGCGCGCUUGCCAUCAUCGGCUCAACGUGCGCCUUCCGUGUCCAGUAUGACAUUUCAGGCAUCAUGAAGGAAGCCGAGCUUGGAUUGACAAAGACAAGAGGCGGCUUCAACAUCAUGAACAAUGGUCUUUCCUACGUAUACGGCGCAACAGCGACAGGCGAGCCUGUCUACUUCAUCGAGGUCGGCUCCCACUACUCGUCGAAUCAGACAGCCGAAGAGCUCAAACGGGGUGUCAUUCUGCUGCAAGAGAGCCUCCAACUUCUCAUGCCUCCGCCCGUCGAGCGCAAGAUUGUCAUCUUCAACCUGAACAACUUUGGCCUUCGCAACAUGGAUUGGAGCGUCGUGCUGUUCAUGGCCAAGACCAUGGAGUCGUUCUACCCAGAGACAUUGGCGAGAGUCUAUGUACACGGAGCACCAUGGAUCUUCAAGCCCAUCUGGAGCAUUCUCCGUCCAUUGUUGGAUCCCGUCGUCAGAGACAAGGUGCAUCUCACAUGGAAGGUGGAGGAGUUGGCAGACCACGUACCUGCUGAGCAUUUGCCGAAGAAUACUAUGCACGGCGAACUCGACUGGUCAUUCACCUAUCCCUUCCCUCAAGAGGACGAGAACGACAUCCAGAAUGACACAACAACGGCCGACGAGCUGGCGACAUCCUACCGCAACGCAUGCAUGGAAUUCGAAUAUGCAACACGUGCGCUCGCGCGAGCCUAUGGAGACGCUGCGCUUUCGGAUGCCAAAGGCGAUGGUGUCCGAGCACGUUUCAGUCGUGCUCACAAGGAAGGUUCUGUUGAAGACGUCGAAGAAGACCCGGACUGGGAGCCAGAAGGCGUAGCUAGUCUGCGCGCCAACCGAGACAUUCUGGCCACCAAGGUGAGAGUCGCCUGGCUCAAGCUCAAGCCGUACGUCAUUGGCACCAUCAAGUACGAUCGAUGGAACGUGGUAGACAAAGAUGGAGUGAUCCGGUGGAAGUAUGACACGCUGAAUGGAAGGCACGAGGAGCAGGUGCUUGGUGAAGGCACCUCGCUGUCGGCCCUUGAGCGCAAUCUUGCCGAGCUGGAUGCGAUCACAUCACAGGCCAACCGCAGCUCGACAAAUGGCAGUGGCAAUGGUGCAACAGCGGCAAAGGUGCAAGCUUCCAGGGCAAUGCUCGAUGACCAUGGCGAAGCGAGACGUUCGCGGCGAACCCGACCGCACACCAACGGAAGCAGCAAGGCUGUGCCAGCCGAUCAUACCCCCAUUCAUUCGGCAGCAGCGAACGAUCUCGCAGGAACAGAGGCGGAGGGCCGACGCAGCUCAGCCGCUUGGACAGCAGCGUCCAAGGUGGGCAGCACCACAGAUACCACGUUUGAAGAGACGAUACCGAUCCAUCCUAGUCAACUGGAGCAGAUGGCAAAGGCGCGCAAUGCGGACGCCGAGGUGGUUGAGACUGGCAAGUCUCACUGA